ACCUUCGUCUUGGCUUCUUUCCUGUGUGGUUUUUAGCUCAGAGAUUUUUGCUGGGUUUAAGACUAACCAGUUGAGUUAACUCAGUAACAGAAUGGAUUUCGAAAAGAGAAAAGCAACAACAUUAGCUUCAUUGAACUCAACAGAAUCUGAUAAAUCACCAAAAGGUUCAUUAGAUACACCAAUAAUCCCUCUCAUCAACACUCUCAACCAAAACCCUAAUUACUUCACCACAAGUUCAUGCUCCGGAAGAAUUUCCAUCCUCUCUCAACCCAUCUCUCCAAUUCCAUCUCCCCAAACAAAGAAAAAAGCCAAAGGCGGCUCAUGGAUAUUCGUUUCACACCAUCCCGCUGAUCCGAACUCACUCAUUCCACUCCUUUUCUCUUCCGAGUCAACUCAGUCACCUCUUUCCGAACUCGUUUUCAGAUUCGAACCUCUCAUUAUUGCUAUCGAGUGCAAAGACCUAAUUUCUGCUCAUUCACUCGUUUCUCUCGCCAUUUCUUCCGGUUUCAGAGAAUCUGGAAUUACAAAUGCUAAUAAGCGCGUUAUCAUUGCUAUUCGUUGUUCGAUACGCAUGGAAGUUCCGUUGGGAGAUACACAUAAAAUUAUGGUUACGCCUGAGUAUGUUCGUUACCUUGUUCAAGUUGCGAACAAUAAAAUGGAAGCGAAUAGGAAUAGAACUGAGAGGUUUCUUCGAUUGUUGCAGUCCAAUGGAGCAAUAGUUGAGGAUAAUUGUAACCGUUUGUCGCAAACGAAUGGUGUAGAGCUUGUUUGCAGUCACCUUCAACUCGAUGAUCAAUCUCAAUUGACAAACGGGAAUGCUUCCGAAACCUCUUCAGGGUUUGUGGGUUCUCCUGGUUGUACUUUGUCAAUUGCCCAUAUUGAAAUUGUUGGUGAGCCAGUGGAGAAACUUUUCCUAUGGGGUCACUCCGCCUGCGCGUUGGAUAAUGCCGACCACAAGAAAGUCAUUGUAUGUGGUGGUUUUGGAGGUCUGGGGAGACAUGCUAGAAGAAAUGAUUUGUUGCUACUUGAUCCAUGUUCUGGCAAUCUUGAGACAAUCAACACCAUUGGAGGAGCUUGUCCUUCUCCGCGGUUAGGCCAUACAGCUUCCUUGGUUGGAGAUUUGAUGUUUGUGAUUGGAGGUCGGACCGGUCCUGAUAAAAUUCUGAGUGAUGUAUGGAGUUUCGAUACAACUAAGAAUUGUUGGAAGUUACUUCAAUGUGGUGGCAGUGUCUUUCCUCCCAGGCAUCGACAUGCUGCAGCUGUAAUGGGUUCAAAGAUUUAUGUAUUUGGAGGACUUGAUAAUGAUAUUAUCUUUUCCUCCUUUUACAUUCUCGAUACAAUUAAUUUACACUGGAAAGAAAUUCCAGUUUCUGGGGAUUGCCCUUGUGCUCGUCACUCUCAUGCAAUGGUAGCAUCAGAUUCUCAGAUUUUUAUGUUUGGUGGAUACGAUGGUGGGAAAGCACUUGGGGAUUUGUAUAGCUUUGAUGUUCAGAUAGGUCAGUGGAAGAAGGAAAUAACCGCUGGAAGGAACCCACAUCCUAGGUUCUCCCACUCAAUUUAUGUCUAUAAGAAUCAUCUUGGAGUUCUUGGUGGUUGUCCAGUAACGCAGCAUUAUCAAGAGUUGGCUUUACUUGAUUUGAAGCUUCAUAUAUGGAAACAUGUUACCCUUAAUUCUGUUGGUAAAGAUUUAUUUGUACGUAGUACCGCCAAUGUCGUCGGUGAUGAUCUUGUUAUAGUUGGGGGCGGUGCAUCAUGCUAUGCAUUUGGAACCAAAUUCAGUGAGCCAGCAAAAGUCAGCAUGCUCCGAUUAAUGCACUCACAUGAUGAUUUUAUGCCUUUCAAAAAUCAAAAACAGCAUAUAAUUGGUCAACAUGGAGGGAUGAAAGGAAAUAAGGUUGAAAAUUCUCAAGGACCCCAACUUGAACAGCUACCAAAUAUAUCUGAAAAUGGAAGUUUAUAUUUUAAUGAUAACGUGUCUCACAUCAAUGGUCAAAGUCCGACGAUUCCAUCACAUUGUGUUCUGCAACUAGAAAAGAAAUAUGCAAAGCAAGGUAAAGAUAUAUUGAAGAAAUUUGGAUGGUUAGACUUGGGGAAGAAGGCAUACUCUGAAGAGGGUGGAGCACAUAUCUGUUUUCCUGUCCAUCAAGAGCUUUUUGCUGUAUUUCAUGAAAGGAGUCAUCCUUCAAGAGAUGCAAUUGAUGGUGAAAAUGAAAUUCCACUUUCAAAACCACUUACGCAAGAUGGAUACUUGUUAAAUAAUUUAUCUAUUUCUGAAGCACUGACUCUUCUCCACGAAUAUGGUGCCAUUAUGCUGGAAGAUAAGGUUGUUGAAGCGAAAAAAACUGUAAUGACUCCUUUGAAAGUAAUGACUGAAGCAGUAACGUCUUUGAUUGAGAAAAAAGGCCUACCGACUGUGCUUAUAGAGGAACUGCCAGCAAGGUGGGAUCGGAUUGGUGAUAUUGUUAUACUUCCAGCUACUUCAUUCAAGAAUUUUUUGUGGGACUCUAUUGCGGAAGAGCUCUGGCCAAUUGUUGCCAAAUCACUUAAGGCUCAUCGUCUUGCUCGCCAAGGCCCAGUUGCUGCAACUGGUACAAGAGACAGUACAUUAGAGAUUCUUGUUGGAGAUGAUGGUUGGGUCAACCAUCGAGAAAAUGGAAUAUUCUAUUCUUUUGAUGCUACAAAAUGCAUGUUCUCAUGGGGUAAUCUUUCCGAGAAGCUCCGGAUGGCCAGGUUGGAUUGCAAAGAUGAGGUUAUAGUUGAUCUGUUUGCGGGCAUUGGCUACUUUGUGCUACCUUUCCUUGUCAGGGCCCAGGCAAAAUUUGUUUAUGCCUGUGAGUGGAAUCCCCAUGCCAUAGAAGCACUCCGACAUAAUCUACAAUCAAAUUCUGUUUCUGACCGUUGUAUCGUACUUGAAGGAGAUAAUCGAAAUACAGCUCCCAAGGGUGUGGCUGAUAGAGUCUGUCUUGGUCUCCUUCCAUCUAGUGAAUGUAGCUGGGUCACCGCUGUGAGGGCUUUAAGGAAAGAAGGUGGAACAUUACAUGUUCAUGGGAAUACAAAGGACUCAGAGGAGGGUCAGUGGACUGAUCAUUUAUCAAAGUCAAUAUCUGAAAUUGCUAGAUCUGAAGGAUAUUGUUGGGAGGUUUCUGUAGAGCAUGUUGAAAGGGUGAAAUGGUAUGCUCCACACAUUCGCCACGUUGUCGCAGAUGUUAGAUGCAGACAGAUCCAGAGAUAACAAAUGGACUAGCAUUUGAGGUUAAGAAUUGGCUUUAACAUGCAAUUGACGUAAACUUCAUUACGAGUGCUAAUAUGCAAUACAAAGAUUCUAACCGGCCAACCUUUGAAAUGCUGAGUCUGGAUGUCUAAAGUUCAUGAAAUCCUGUUCAACCUUUGGUCGGAUUGGUAAAUAUUGCAUAUGGGAGAGGUGGCAAACUGGAUGUUCAACUUUUGCCUCAUACUAUUACAGUAAUCAAUGUUAAUACAUUUUUAGUGUCGUGAGCGACAACUGUUAUGCCUUGAGGCUUUGUUGGUUUUAUGUAUUUUUAUUUUACAAUUUAUUUAUGGUUAGAUAAAGUAAACUAUUUAGAAGUUACUCAACCAAAUUACUUUUUUAUUUUUUGAAACUAA